AUGCUGCAGUCGCUGGCGGGCAGUUCCUGCGUCCGGCUGGUGGAGCAGCACCGCUCGGCUUGGUGCUUCGCCCUGCUGGUGCUGGGCUACCUGCUGUACCUGGUGUUCGGUGCUGUGGUCUUCUCCUCAGUGGAGCUGCCCUACGAGGACCUGCUGCGCCAGGAGCUGGGGAAGCUGAAGCAGCGCUUCUUGGAAGAUCACACUUGCCUUUCGGAGCAGCAGCUGGAGGAGUUCUUGAUGCGGGUGCUGGAGGCCAGCAACUACGGCGUCUCGGUGCUCAGCAACGCCUCGGGCAACUGGAACUGGGACUUCACCUCCUCUCUUUUCUUCGCCAGCACCGUUCUCUCCACCACGGGUUAUGGACACACAGUGCCUUUGUCUGAUGGAGGAAAGGCCUUCUGCAUCAUCUACUCAGUCAUUGGGAUUCCCUUUACGCUGCUCUUCCUGACAGCAGUGGUACAGCGCAUCAUUGUGUAUGUCACCAGGCGGCCUGUACUGUAUUUCCACAUUCGCUGGGGCUUCUCCAAGCAAGUUGUUGCAAUCAUCCAUGCUGUAGUCCUUGGGUUCAUCACUGUCUCAUGCUUCUUCUUAAUCCCAGCAGCAAUAUUUUCUGUUCUGGAAGAUAACUGGAAUUUUUUGGAAUCGUUUUACUUCUGUUUCAUUUCCCUGAGCACCAUUGGCCUUGGAGACUAUGUGCCAGGAGAAGGCUACAAUCAAAAAUUCCGAGAGCUGUAUAAAAUUGGAAUUACAUGUUAUCUGUUGCUGGGCCUCAUUGCAAUGCUGGUGGUUCUUGAGACUUUCUGUGAACUCCAUGAGCUCAAAAAGUUUAGGAAGUUGUUUUAUGUGAAGAAGGACAAAGAAGAGGACCAAGAGCAAAUAAUGGAACAUGACCAGCUCUCCUUCUCUUCCAUCUCAGACCAAGCAUCCUCAAUGAAGGAUGAUCAGAAAGCAAAUGAGCCUUUUGUGACUUCUCAGUCCCCAACUUCCAAUGACAGCUCUCUAAACAAUUAA